UGCAGCGGGAUUGCGUGGCCGCUGGUAAGACUGGCGUAAUAUUGGGAUGAAGAUCGUCUGCUUUUCAUUGGAGGUGCUGCAGGCAGCAGGGACAAUGACAUCGGCGUCCCGUUUGGAAAUUACAAAUGCGCUCUUAACGGUUAUCUUGUUUAGAAGGAGCGCAAAAUCGAUGAGACCUCUGUGUGUUAAACGUGCUCACACCGCUGUCUGUGAUUCCAUAAUUGCUCACACCUACAGAAGCCUUGCUGGUGUCUUAAAUUGAGUGUUUGAAUUCAGGAUGAAAUAGCUGGACAUUCAAACUGGACAGCGUGAGAGACCAGACCCAGCCUCUAACAGCAGUCAAUGCGGUCUGCAGCCUUGUCCCUGUGGCUGAGAUUGACCAUGUCACGAGUGUCCUCCACCACCAAGCGCUACACUGGGUCCAGCUACACAGGGUCCAGCUACACAGGGCACUAUGGCAGCUACACCUCCUCCUACACGCCCAACCUCAGCUCCUCGUACACGGACAAGGAGAAGCUGUCCUACAAGAGCCCCAGCUACGCAGGAGCGAGCAGCUACCUGACUUCCAGCAGCCGCUCCCGCAACUACAGUACCUCCUCCGAGCCCGACAGGGGGCGCCAGAUCCCUCGCACGGACGUUCUAAGCACCCGCCGCAGCGAGAGCCUGAGCCGCGCACCAGUCAAGGCCUACAGCUCCGGGCUGAGUGGCGGCUACUCCUCCUCUUUCGCCUACGCGGGGAGCAGCAGCUACCUUUCCUCGUCCCCGGCCUCCUCAUCUUCCAGAGCCGGCCUGAGCCGCCGGAAGUCCAGCAGCCAGACGGAUCUGAACCGUGACCUGGCCAGCCUGGCACUGUCCGACUCCUUGACCGGCAGCAGACAGGACUCGGACAGCCCACACGGGUCCUACCGGAGCGGGUACAACCGUAGCAGCGAGGUCCAGGACUCGUAUGGAAGCUCGCGGGCCGGCUACGGGCUCUCGCGCAGCUCCACACAGGAGACCAUCAGCGCCAGCCUCAAGAGCAGCAGCCGCUUCAGCCCGUCCUGGGACAGGAACGGCACCAAGCGCUCCAGCUCCCCCGAGAAGGAGUCAACAAAUUCAAAGAGUGCGCAGGGGCUGGUCGGGCUCAGAAACCUUGGAAACACAUGCUUCAUGAACUCAAUCCUACAGUGCCUCAGCAACACUUGUGCGCUGCGAGAUUACUGCCUGCAGAACUCGCACCGCAGAGACCUCAGUAACAGCAGCCGCAUGAACUCCGCACUCAUGGAGGAGUUCUCCAAGCUGAUUCAGACGAUAUGGACGUCUUCUGGCAGUGAAGCUGUCAGUCCCUCCGAAUUCAAGACACAGAUUCAGAAAUACGCCCCGAGAUUCGUCGGCUACAACCAACAGGAUGCCCAGGAGUUUCUGAGGUUCUUAUUGGAUGGUCUCCACAAUGAGGUCAACAGGGUCACUGUGCGGCCCAGAGCCAUCAUGGAGGACUUUGAUCACUUCCCGGAUGAUGAGAAAGGAAAAAGAAUGUGGAAGAAAUACCUGGAGAGGGAAGACAGCCGGAUUGUAGAUCUGUUUGUGGGACAGCUGAAGAGCUCUCUGACGUGCAGCGAGUGUGGUUACUGCUCCACUGUCUUCGACCCCUUCUGGGACCUCUCCCUGCCCAUCGCCAAGAAAGGUUACGGAGAGGUGAGCCUGAUGGACUGCAUAAGACUCUUCACCAAAGAGGACGUGUUGGAUGGAGACGAGAAGCCGACAUGCUACAGGUGUAAAGCAAGAAGAAAAUGCACGAAGAAGUUCACCAUCCAGAAAUUACCCAAGAUCUUGGUGCUCCAUCUCAAACGCUUCUCCGAGGCCAGGAUCAGAACGAGCAAGCUGUCGACGUUCGUUAAUUUCCCCCUGAAGGAUCUGGACUUGCGGGAGUUUUCCUCUGAGAACAGCAUCCAUGCCGUCUAUAACCUGUACGCAGUCUCCAAUCACUCAGGCACCACCAUGGGCGGCCACUACACAGCCUACUGCCGGAGCCCUGCCUCUGGAGAGUGGAGCACCUUCAACGACUCCCGAGUAACGCCAAUGUCCUCCAGCCAAGUCCGGACGAGUGACGCCUACGUGCUGUUUUACGAACUCUCGAGCCCCUCCUCUCGAAUGUAACCCGUGCUUCUCCACAGCCCAAGAAGAGUGGCAGAAAAAAUGAAUAAUAAUAAUAAUAAUAAUGAGGUAGAGUAUCACUCACACAUGAGUAGUAGGGACUGAAAAACAACCACACAGGAACAAAUGAGAUGAAAAAACAAGCUGUGGGGCUGACUGUCCUGGAAUUGCUAGACAGCUGGCAGGGUCUGAAGCACAGGGCCAACGUGUCUGGCAUUGCUGUUUACCUGGGAAGGAGGAGGAAUCAGCCAGGAAGCAACAGUUGCAAAUGAGAGGCUGCGUUUGUAAAGCAAUCCGAGAACAGAGAGACAGAAAACUGGACAAUCCAUCCAACCUCGUUCAAGAACCCGUCCAUACCAGCAUUUGCAAAGAGAAUUUUGGCUUUGUUUUUGCUCAGUGUGCUGUUCUGAAGGAUGUCUUUACCUGUCCGUGGCGCACAGCAGCAGCAGCAUCGGCACAGAACUGCAGCUUUCCCCAAGGCCACACUGGAGUGGCAGGGGAACGGUGGAACUAGUCCAGCCUCCCAUACUAUGCACAGCAGCAGCUCUCUCAUAUCAAACUCUUGCUCAACCUGUGCUUUCUGAUCAUCUCAAAAAAAACUUUUUUUUUUUUUUUUUUUUCAGGGACAUGUGCGUCAAACUGUUUCUCCCGGCGUCUUUUUUGUACAUCAUCACAGUGAAUGUCGUGGACCUCUAUGUAGGCCAGCCUUCAGGCCACUGAAGAUGUACUUUGACACGCCCCCCUGUCCCUUUUUAGCCCUGUUAUCAGUUUGGGGGUUUGGCGGAGAGGGGGGGCUGUGGGUAGCGUGUGUCUGGAGUGUUUGUGUUGAAGUUUUUUUAAUUUGAGCUCAGGCAUCUGAAAAUGAAACUGUGAAAGCUGUGAAUGAAGGUUCUCCUGCUCACUGUACUGUGCAGAGUUGCUUCUGCUUGGCAGCAAAUCCAGCAUCUGAUUCAUACCUUGUUUAAAUAUAGCAUGUCUUUAUCCACCAACGCUGUUUUGUCAUUUAUUGUUAAGCAAGAAACGACUGUGACGUGUUUCUCUUUCUAUAAAUAAGUGAUUCCAAGCCAGCUGACUCUGGCUUGCUGCGCAGGGCUGUCUGCAGCAUAGUGCCGAUGUAGCGCCACCGUCCGUCCCCGAGACUCUGAGCACAGACGUAAGAACCUAAUGGUUUUGGGAUCACUGUGUAGAAGAGAAAAAGAGGAAAUCAAAUGUAUUGCAAAAAAAAUAAAAAAUAAACUCACCUUGCACACAACCUCCGAGCACACAGGCAGAGACGCUUCUCAGUCGUUGCAUGUGUGUUUGCGUGUUUCCUUCUAGCAUGACCCCAGAACCGCAUUGCUGUAGAGUGAGGUUUGCUAAAUGCCUCUGCCCUUUGGUUACCUUUUGCAGAGAUACACAAAGCUCUAAAAACCUGUUUAUAAUUACUAGACGAGGAAAACAUGCACCUACUGUACAUGCUGGGUUUGGUCGGACCACACACAGCACAGCACUGAGGAAUCAUUUAUUCACAGCUCUGAAGACAGCAGUGACAGUUUGAGAAUGUUUUUGUUCACCUAGUUAUUUUUUGAUUGGAGCAUGUGUGGUAGGAACAGAUGAUGCAUUAUUGUAAGGUGACUUCCUAUUGGUUGUCUAAAAAAAAUGAUGUCAGUUAAGAGUUUUGAGAAAUAACCUUAAACUUUUUUAAAAACAUUAAUUUAUUGUGAAAUGUAAACAAGCACAAGAUACAUCAUCCCUUUUAAGUAUGAAAAAAACUAUUUUUUAAAAAACGUACUGCUGUCUUGAAUGCAAAAUAAACAAACAAGGCAAAAUAAAUUGAAUGUGAUUCUUAGAUUUUGACUAUAGUAAUCGCCUUAUUAGUCUGGUAGUUUAAAAACCAUUUAGAAAAUCUAUAAAUGUGUUAGUUUGUUACAGUUGUGUUUUAAUGACAAGACCAGUGGAAAGCUGCAUGUUGUGUUAUAAAGUAUAUAUAAGAGUUUUAAUAAGCGCUCUUGAACACUAUUUCUAUAUCCUAUUAUGUAUAAUUUAUAACAUCCCUUCUAACACAUUUAUAGUUAUUGUUUAUAACUGAUCCUUAAGCUGCAUUUUUGCCAUUAACCUUUGGAACACAAUUGAAAUGACAGCACUGCUAUUAUGGCAGUGUCGUCCAUAGAGACAUGCCACGACUGUGUGAGCCUGCUGCACGGUUAGGCUGCAAUACAGCUGAGGUGUUAUUCGGUCACUAGCUCUUUAGUUUUUCUCAUAGAAAGGUGCCUUGAGUGAAGCAGCCUGCUAGAGUGUGGAGUCACUGUAGUGUUGGAGUCCGAGUGUUUGGUGCUGUGCUCUGUCAGUCAGUGAUGUUCCAGCGUGAUGUGCUUCACUAGACUGUGCUGGGGGAUCUACCCAGCUUGCUUUGGGCUUAGCAGUGCUUCUAAAUGUUUACAGCCUAGCUAUUGAAGCUAGUAGGAAAGUGAGACGUUCAUUUACAGACCUGAACUUCCCCAAAGGCAACAGCAGGGGGUGCCAAAGUGCACCCUGGUAAAAUGAGCGCGGUCUGUGAUUGUAAUAGGGCUGUGCAACAGGGCCCCAGUAAACUUAGGGCUUGGUUUUGAUUCAGUUGCUAGAGGGGAUCUGGUGGCUUUUUCUGUGUGCACGGAAUUCUCUUUCACCGCAGCUGCACAGAAGUAGUAAUAAUGAACAAAGAUCCGAGAGCCCUUCUAAUUCCUUGACGCAAUACGGGGCCCCCUGGUGGUGCAAUGUGAGAACACACUUGAUCAAGCCCGCUGAGUACAAUACAUUGAAACAGUGCUGUCCAAGGCCUCCUCCCCCUUAAAACACCAACCUGAAAAAAGAUGACGCAUUGCACUUACAAUGUGGCGGGGAUACUUUCAGAAGUGUUUGAACGGGGUUUCUACAAUGCUGUAUCAAUGCUUUUUAGCGUGCUCAAAGAAGAAUGUGAAAUGUUAACAGAUUAUGUGGUUGCUUUUGCUUGAGGAGGGGGGUCCAGAUUUAACGCACUGCAAAAAAAAAAAAGUUUACUAUGUAAGCAGGAAAAAGAUUUUAUACUAGACUAGGAGAGGCUGUAAAAAAAAAAAAAAAGAUGUAUAUACAAACUAAUAUGUGUGUGUGUGUGUGUGUAAAGAUGUAUUACAGUACAGACGGCGCUUGAGUGUGUACAUAAUAUAUUAAUUUAUAUAUUCUACAAUAAUUGUUGAGGGAGGCGCUUGUUGCCCUGCACACUCACUAGAAAUGUGUGUUCAUUUCUAUUCCUUGUAAAACUGAAACUGUUUUAAACGGACUUCUUUUGAAUAAACACUCCCCGGUG